GUAUAACGUGUGACUGGCCAAUGCUGUUUUUCUUGGCCUAGAAGGGCGCAGGGAGCUGAAGGUAACCGAGUGGCAGCGAUCGAGUCCCGGCGAAGUCUGUCGCGGAGUCACCGUGAAAAACACCAACAGCCACAAAAUGCCGAAUAAAACUAAAAAGGAAAAGGAGCCAACCAAAUCUGCCAAAAGUAGCACUAAAAACAGUAAUGCCACUAGUGGGAAAGACACAGGAACUGAAAAUGCAGAUGAGGCGCAGCAGCAGCAAACUGCCAGCAAGCGUCCCAGCAACAGCACCCCACCACCCACUCAGCUCAACAAGAUCAAAUACUCUGGCGGUCCCCAGAUCGUCAAGAAGGAGCGUCGCCAGAGUUCGUCACGAUUCAACCUCGCCAAGAACAGAGAGCUACAGAAGCUUCCUGCCCUCAAAGAUGCACCCCUUAUUGACCGGGAGGAGCUGUUUGUGCAGAAGCUGCAGCAGUGCUGCGUGCUCUUUGACUUUGUCACGGACCCUCUGAGCGACCUGAAGUACAAGGAGGUGAAGCGUGCCGGUCUGAAUGAGAUGGUGGAGUACAUCACGCACAACCGCGAUGUGGUCACCGAGUCCAUCUACCCAGAGGGUGUCAUCAUGUUUUCAAUCAACUUGUUCAGGACCCUACCACCAUCCUCCAACCCCACGGGGGCUGAGUUUGACCCAGAGGAGGACGAGCCCACACUGGAGGCUGCCUGGCCACACCUACAGCUGGUGUAUGAAUUCUUCUUACGAUUCCUGGAGUCUCCUGAUUUCCAGCCCAAUGUCGCUAAAAAAUACAUUGACCAAAAGUUUGUACUGUCUCUCCUGGAGCUGUUUGACAGUGAAGACCCCAGGGAGCGGGACUUCCUGAAGACCAUCCUCCACAGGAUCUACGGCAAGUUCCUGGGCCUCCGGGCCUACAUCCGCAGACAGAUCAACAACAUAUUCUACAGGUUUAUAUAUGAAACGGAGCAUCACAAUGGAAUCGCAGAGCUUUUAGAAAUCUUAGGAAGCAUAAUCAACGGCUUUGCCCUGCCAUUGAAAGAGGAGCACAAAAUGUUCCUGAUUCGAGGGCUGCUGCCGCUUCACAAAGUGAAGUCACUCAGCGUCUACCACCCCCAGCUGGCAUAUUGCGUUGUGCAGUUCUUGGAAAAGGACAGCAGUCUAACUGAACCGGUGAUCAUGGGCCUGCUGAAGUUCUGGCCUAAGACCCACAGRCCCAAAGAGGUGAUGUUCCUCAARGAGCUGGAGGAGAUCCUGGACGUCAUCGAGCCCUCUGAGUUCGUCAAGAUCAUGGAGCCGCUGUUCAGACAGCUGGCCAAGUGUGUGUCCAGUCCACACUUCCAGGUGGCAGAGAGGGCGCUGUACUACUGGAACAACGAGUACAUUAUGAGCCUGAUCAGUGACAACGCAGCCAAGAUCCUCCCCAUCAUGUUCCCUGCUCUCUACAAGAACUCCAAGAGCCACUGGAACAAGACAAUCCAUGGGCUGAUCUACAACGCCCUGAAGCUCUUCAUGGAGAUGAACCAGAAGCUGUUUGAUGACUGCACCCAGCAGUACAAGGCUGAGAAACAGAAAGAGAAGUGCAAGCUGAAGGAGCGUGAGGAGGUCUGGCACAAGAUAGAGGAGCUGGCCAAGCAUAACCCACAGGUUACCAACCUCCGACCUGGUCUCCACCCACAAGAAGAGUACAUGAUGUACAAUGAGAGUCCGGGAGGGGUGCCCUUGUACUCCAUGGAGACGGAGACGCCAACUGCUGAGGACAUUCAGCUGCUGAAGAAGACUGUCGAGACAGAGGCCACACAGGUACAACUACCAGCACACUCACAGGGGAUGAAGGACAUCAAGAAAGAGAAGGUGAUGAUCCGGCGGAAAUCGGAGCUGCCGCAGGACGUGUACACUAUAAAAGCCCUGGAGCAGCACAAGAGAGCGGAGGAGUACCUGACGGCCAACGAGGAGGCCCUCUGACCAGGGAGCAGUGGCACCCCCUGCACCUAACCCCCCCCGUGUCGCAUCCAACCAGUCACCUGCUUUACGCCCCCUCUUCUUCUCCGCUUCUUCUCCCCCUCCACUCCUUCAUCUCUGCCGGAGAUCCCCAUCUGCAGAAAACCAGGGCUAUCACAGAGACGGACAAGAACACACAUAUGCGCACAUAUAGGAACAUACAGACCUACAAUAGUUCCCGCUUGCACAAAAAUACACACAUACUUGCCUACAGUGGGCCGAUCAUUAGGUUGCACGAGGACAACAAUAACAUAACAGUAGUAUUAAGUGUAAGCAUCCGUGAAGCAUGUUUCUUUGUUUCCUUUUUGGAACCCAGCAUUACCUAUAGAGGGCAGUAGAUUGUGAUUGAUUCUCUUGCUAGCUUGCCUGGAGUGAGAGGGUGUGGGUAAUCUGAAUGGUUUUGUGGAUGAUGAGGCCAUGCUUUAAUCUAGCUGGAAGUCUAGUGAAAGUAGUGGUUCUGCUCUGUAAAAACCCCUAGCUGUCAGGUCAUGCCCAGGCAACAUAGUAAAUGUUGGGGAAGCCAAGUCUGUGACACAAAGCUUACAAGACAACUUAGUGCUGAGCUAUUAACCAAAAUGUUUUUUAAACAACUAAUUGACCGAUAUCGGUUCUAUUAUUUGAAUUCAAUUUCUUUAGAAUUUUUUCUGUAACUCAAUGUGUAGUUUUUCUAGAGAAAUCAGAUCAAGCCCAAACUGUACGAUAUAGUAGGGAGUUGUAGUUGCCAACAGGCCAGUAUUCUACAUAGUUUA